AUGCUUCGCUCUCAGGUGCAGGUUCUUCUUGUGGCCUUGAUUUCCUCUGCGCUGCUGGUGGUCAGCGGUGCUCCACGCAGAGAAAUGCUGACGCUGAGAGCAGACCUCGCAAACGACAAGGAUCUUGCUUACUUGCUCUUGCUGAAGUUUGUGUCGGAGCUGAUGGCAGCGAGAGGAGACGAGAUGCUCCCCGAGCUGGAGGAGCAGGAGGGAGUCAGGGAGAGGGUGAUGCGGCGACAUCUCCCCCUCACCCAAAGAGAGCGGAAGGCAGGCUGUCGCAACUUCUUCUGGAAAACGUUCACCUCGUGUUAA